CCGGGGACAGUAACAGCACUGCUAAUGGGCUGACCUCAAAGGUGAUGUAGUACUGCAUCUGAUGGAUGAAGUGGACCAUCUCUGAGGCCAGGAUGUGACACUGAUGCAGGACGCUGGACAGCUCUGGAGGGGGAGAGGACAACAAACGGCUGCAGGUGAAACCCUCUGAUGCACACAUUUUAAAAACACGAUUUCAUAAAAGAUGUAUUUCUCCUUACCAGGCAUCGUCUUGAGCAGCUUGGCGUUACACAUCUGUCCCUUCCAGAUGUCGGUCAGCGUGUACUCCAUUCUCUUUGCCCUCCACAGGAAGUUGAACACACGCAGAAGCAUCAACAAAGAGCUGUAAGAAAGUGUGUGUGAUACCGUGGCGAUGGGUCCGUCCACGUGGUAGUCCAGACUGAACACGUCCCAGCCGGUAUCACCUGGAGACACCUGCAGGGAACAGAAGGAGGAAGUUAAACAGUCAAAGUCAAGAAAACGAAGAGAAGGAAGGUCAAAGCUCUGACGACCGGACAGGAGACAGCUCGCCGGCCUUCAGCUGAUCCUCUAAGAGCCACGGAUCAAACCUGGUCCGGCAGACCGGAUCAAUAAACAAAGCUAAGUAUACCUCUCUCCUCUUCAUCGUCUGAAGCAGAGGAGGACGAGGUCAGAGAGUGGUAAGAGCAUCGAUCACUGCCAGUCAACUCGCAUACGUCAAUACAACAAUAUCAAUACGGCGAGGACACACCGGCUGAUGAUGUCAUUACAACACGAAAGUCAACAACAGUGUGUGAGUAAAUCAAACGGUGAGAGUGAGUGGUUUCACGUUUACCAUCUUUGGUCGUGUCUGCAGAUUUGGACGCCGCCGCCGUGAUUUUUCCCGGCGGCGUUCUGUCGUGGCAGACCUGAUGCAGGAAGUUGAUGGAUUUACCGAUCAGCAGGACCUAGAGCGGAGAGAGAGGGAGGAGAUGUUAAAGUGAAGUGAGAUCUCAAAGACAGCCGGAGCAGCGUGUGUACCUCGUGGUAGGUGUCCUCCAGCUCUCCGUCGUAGAUCCACCGGUACAGGAAGUUGAGGAUGGGGUUCGACACCAGGCUGAGGAUGUGCUGCACCAGCGCUCUCAUCUGAGGGUCUCCCGUCUUCCCGUACGAGUGCACGGCCGAGGCCAGCUCGCCUCCUUUACGACCUGAGCGCCAAACAGUGAGAAGUUAACGCUCUGAAUCAGCAGAUGUGAUGAUGCAGGACACGCGUGGAGCUCACCUUGGCAGUAGUCGACGAGGGCGGCCAGCGUUUUGAGUCGAACUUUGGGGUCGUACGUCCAGACAAGGAGCCGCCUGAGGGUUAGAUUGCCCUCUGAGCACACUGUGACCCCCUGCUCGUCCUCCACCUGCAGCUACAACACACACAGAUUUCUUUAUUAACCUUAUCCCUCUCAUAGAGCAAAGGUACCUUGUGUUUGUGAUGUGUUUCAGGUGUCUCUCUGUGUUCGGCGUGUACCUGUGAGUGCAGCACAGACAGCAGCCUGUAGUACUCCUUCAGCUCCUGGUGCAGAGAGGCGCAGAAGCUCUGAGGGGAGAGGAAGGAGACAGACGGAGGAGUGUGAGCUGAGAAUACAGAGAGAGUAAUAAUCAUGACAUGAAGCUUCAGGUGAACACACACCUGUCCCACCAGUCCAAAGGCCCGGUCCAGGCUCCGGGCGUCCGUGUACUUCCUGACUUUGUUGUGGAGCCAGCCGAGCUCGGCCAGGCGGCUGCUGGUGUCUCUGAGGGACUUGCACAGCACCACCUGGUGGAGAGAGGAGCCGCUGAUCCGAGACCUGCCCCGUCCUCUCAGGUGACUCUGUGUAAUGUGCGCUACCUGCUGAUCCUCUAAUCCCUCUAAUAAAAGUUUUACAGGCUGCACGCCGGCUCGCCUGCUCCAGGUACCUUGCCGUCUAUUUUGUAGCAGUUCUCCGGGGCGCUCAUCUUGAUGAACUUGCCAUCGAUUCCCUGGAAGACGUAGAGGAUGUCCCGCACCAGCGCCGCCUCGCUCACCUCUCCUGCACCCCCCACACAGAGGACGAGAGGACAGCAGAGGAUUAACUGGACAUCAGGAGCACAGCACAGAGAGUUUAUCCUCCGUGAAGAGGAGAAAGCAACCACAACCUAUCGUCUUUACUGACCGUCUCUGCGAGGUUGGAGCGCUCUGCUGGCGGGCCCUGCGGCUCCAAGCGGCAGUCGAGUGGCGGGAAGAGCCAGAGCCGAGGACGGGGAGCAACUGACGGGAAGAGUCCAGGCCAAGCGAGAUCCCAGAGGCUGAGCGCCGGCUGCUGCAGACUGAGGAGAGAGCGAGUACAGGACCGCUGCAACGAGGGCUGCAGGAUCCAACCCCAGAUCCACAUCGUGCACACCUAGGGAACUCAUCUCGCUCGAUAGUGGGGGCGUAGUUACUGCCAAUGACUCGCACUGCGUAUUGGAACUGGUGGGCGACUUCAGCUGGAGGCGGGAUGAAAUAGAGGCGUGGGUUAAUUACCAACAACACUUUAAAAUACAGUGAAACAUGUCUGACAGAUUUCACAUUUUCUUUCAUGCGUGCAACCCCUUUUUUCCACAUCAAAAGUUGUAAACAUGACACUUAACUUGGAGUAUGAAUCAGUGAUGUAAAGGGGGUUGAGUUGUAAAUAAAGGGACCAAAUGAGUGUGUCUGCAAGUCUGCAUUGCAUUAAUGCAAACACUGCAAAACUGCACACUUGUGCAUCCUUAGUCAGCUGGAAUCAAGUCAAGUGACACAAAAACACCGGAUAUAUUGACAUUUCUCCUGGAUUUGCCCUCCUCUCCUCCUCUCUGCAUCCAGCUGGGCCCUGCAGCUAGCACUGAAUAAACAAAGCAUCCCCUCAGCUACCGUGCAGUCAUUUUACACAACAUGUGAGCUCUCUGUCUGAUAUGCAAACAUAAAGCUAGAAAGCUGGAUGGAUCAGCUGUUUGCGUUAUCAAUCUGAACCUAGCAGUGCACUGACAGCGGCAUCCAGCCCAGCCUGUGACAGCUACGCAGCGCCGCUAAUACACAGCUACCUAAAGAGAACAAAACUCAAAUUAUUUCUGUUUUUAUAUUCUUUAUAUUUUAAAAUCCUUACACACAAGAUCUGAUUGUCAGAUUGCUUUAAUUCGGCAUUGUUCAGAAAAGGAAACACCCUGAAUCUCACUCAUAUUUUCCCCGUUUUCUGCAUCACUCCAUCAUUAAGACGCGUUGAGUUUAGCUAGCAGUAAAGGCUAAAACAAGUGUAUUAUGAUACAAUCAAAUACUAUGAUGUGUGAAAAAGCUAAGCCGAAUUGUGCAUUACACUUAAAACAUUUACUCAAGUGCUUAAAAUUUUAAGUGUCAUGUGUAAAAUAGUCAAAAUACGAUAAAACCGGAAAGUGUUCUGUUUCCGGUGGAGGUUUGGUGUCACGCUCCCAGCCUCCAGCUCAGCGCGCAGGAUGCUAACGCUAACUGAUGUACCUUCGCUUUUCCCCGUGAUCCUGCAGCAGAGGCUCUGGAGGAGCACGUUGGGAGACUUCUGGUCCAGGGUCGCCAUUCUGUGGGAGCGAUCGCGGCUCUGUAAUUCAGUAAAUACCUGUAAAUAACACGAACUAACUCCAGUCGCCCACUACGGACAACGCCAUUUUGACAAGAUGGGUCAAGCGCGAGAGGAGCAGAGGCAUUGUGGGAGCCGGAACCGCCAUGACUCCUACAAAAUAGGAGCACGGGAUGUCAUCGCUGGAUGUGCAUGCAGCGCAACACCAGCACCACCUGGCUCUCGUGACGUCGAUGGAAGAAAAGCUCCUUUCCCCGCAGCGAGACAAGAAGAUUAUUACCACGGGGUUGGAGGAGGACAGACCUGAUACUAGUUUCUUCCUCAUAGUGUGUGGAGGAAGAGGAGGAGGAGGAUCACACUUGAAGAAGAUCAGAGAGUAAAGUCAUGGAUAAAGGAGGAGAUCUAAGAAGAAGUUAGCGCCUUCUGUGAAAUAUCAUUUCGGAAAAACGACGCAAAAAGAAGAAGAAGACGCGUCCGGAGAGGAAAGAGGAACAAGAUGGGGAUGGAUUUCAGCACUCUUCGGACCCUCAUCAGCAGAUAUUGUGUUGGUGAGGAGAACUGGGUGGACAGCAGAACCAUUUAUAUCGGUCACAAGGAGCCGCCCCCGGGGACAGAGGCCUUCAUACAACAGAGAUACCCCGACAACAGGAUAGUCUCCUCCAAGUACACGUUUUGGAACUUCAUCCCCAAGAAUAUGUUCGAGCAGUUCAGGAGAGUCGCCAACUUCUACUUUCUCAUCAUCUUCCUCAUCCAGUUACUCAUCGACACUCCCACCAGUCCGAUCACCAGUGGACUUCCACUUUUCUUUGUCAUCACAGUCACCGCCAUUAAACAGGGUUACGAGGACUGGCUGAGACACAAAGCAGACAACUCUGUCAACCAGUGUCCAGUCCACGUGGUCCAGCACGGGAAAGUAGUCCGCAAACAAAGCCGCAAGCUCAGGGUGGGAGACGUCGUCUCAGUCAAAGAGGACGAGACGUUUCCGUGCGACCUCAUCCUCCUCUCCACGUCUCGGGACGAUGGGACCUGUUUUGUUACCACGGCCAGUCUGGAUGGAGAGAGCAGCCACAAGACAUACUAUGCAGUCCAGGACACCAAAGCGUACAACACAGAGAAGGAGGUGGACUCCAUUCACGCCAUCAUUGAAUGUGAACAACCACAACCAGACCUCUACAAAUUUGUGGGACGAAUCAACGUUUACAUGGACAAUGAGCCAAUGGCCAGGCCGUUAGGAUCAGAGAACCUGCUGCUCCGAGGAGCCACGCUGAAGAACACAGAGUACAUCUACGCGGUCGCAAUCUACACAGGAAUGGAAACCAAGAUGGCUCUGAACUACCAGUCCAAGUCUCAGAAACGGUCUGCAGUGGAAAAGUCAAUGAAUGCCUACCUUGUCGUCUACCUCUGCAUUCUCAUCGGCAAAUCCAUCAUCAACACCAUCAUGAAGUACGCCUGGCAGUCCGACCCCAACAGAGACGAGCCGUGGUACAACGACAGGACGGAGUCAGAGAGACAGAGACACAUCGUGAUCAGGGCGUUCACGGACUUCCUCGCCUUCAUGGUCCUCUUCAACUACAUCAUCCCCGUGUCCAUGUACGUCACGGUGGAGAUGCAGAAGUUCUUGGGCUCGUACUACAUCAUGUGGGACGACGAGAUGUUCGACGAGGAGCUGGGGGAGAGAGCGGUCGUCAACACGUCGGACCUGAACGAGGAGCUGGGACAGGUGGAGUACGUGUUUACAGACAAGACGGGGACUCUGACGGAGAACAACAUGGAGUUCAUUGAGUGCUGUGUGGACGGACACGUUUAUGUACCUCACAUCAUCUGUAACGGACAGGUGAUGACCGGUGCAGCAGGGAUGGAUAUGAUCGACACAUCUCCCGGCCCUGGAGCGAGGGAGCAUGAGGAGCUGUUCUUCCGGGCCUUGUGUCUGUGUCACACGGUGCAGGUGAAGGAGGAGGAGACGGUGGACGGAAUCAAACAGGGCAUCCAUGCGGGAAAGUCCACGUCCUUCUACAUCUCCUCGUCGCCUGAUGAGGUGGCGCUGGUGGAGGGGAUGAAGAGACUUGGUUUCACCUACCUGAGGCUGAAGGACAGUCACAUGGAGAUCUUAAACCGGGAGGAUGAGAUCGAGAGGUUUGAGCUGCUGGAAGUUCUAACGUUUGAUUCGGUCAGACGGAGGAUGAGCGUCAUCGUCAGAGCGAGCACGGGUGAGCUUUACCUCUUCUGUAAAGGUGCAGACUCCUCCAUCUUCCCUCGGGUUAUAUCGGGAAAGGUGGAGCAGGUCAAAGCUCGGGUGGAGCACAAUGCUGUGGAGGGUCUAAGGACACUCUGUGUCGCGUAUCGUCCUCUGAGUCCUGACCAGUACCAGGAGGUCUGCAACCUGCUCAACGGGGCCAAACUGGCUCUGCAGGACCGUGAUAAGCGGCUGGCCGAGGCCUAUGACAUCAUCGAGAAAGACCUGAUCCUGCUGGGAGCUACUGCUGUGGAGGACAGGCUCCAGGACAAAGCAGCAGACACCAUCGAGUCUCUGCACAAAGCCGGAAUGAAGGUGUGGGUGCUCACCGGCGACAAGAUGGAGACGGCGGCAGCGACCUGCUACGCAAGCAAGCUCUUCCGCCGCAACACUCAGAUCCUGGAGCUGACGACCAAACGCACAGAGGAGCAGAGCCUCCACGACGUCCUGUUCGACCUGAGCAGGACGGUCCUGAGGCAGCACGGAGGCAUGACCAGGGACAACUUCUCCGGUUUAUCCAGCGACUGCACUGACUACGGCCUAAUCAUCGACGGAGCCACCCUCUCGGCGGUGAUGAGGCCGGCUCAGGAGGACUCAAACUCAGGGAACUACAAAGAGAUCUUCCUGGAGAUCUGCAGGAACUGCAGUGCGGUGCUCUGCUGUCGGAUGGCCCCGCUGCAGAAAGCACAGAUCGUGAAGCUGAUCAAAGCCUCGAAGGAGCACCCGAUCACGCUUGCGAUUGGAGAUGGAGCGAACGACGUCAGCAUGAUCCUCGAAGCUCAUGUCGGCAUUGGUAUCAUGGGUAAGGAGGGUCGUCAGGCCGUGAGGAACAGCGACUACGCCGUCCCAAAGUUCAAACAUCUCAAGAAGAUACUGCUCGUCCACGGACAUUACUACUACAUCCGCAUCUCUGAGCUCGUGCAAUACUUCUUCUACAAGAACGUGUGUUUCAUCUUCCCUCAGUUCCUCUACCAGUUCUUCUGCGGCUUCUCGCAGCAGCCGCUGUACGACACAGCCUACUUGACUCUGUACAACAUCAGCUUCACCUCGCUGCCCAUCCUCCUCUACAGCCUCAUAGAGCAGCACAUCAACAUGGACAUCCUGAAGAAGGACCCGUCGCUCUACAGAGAUAUCGCUAAGAACUCUCUGCUGCGGUGGCCCAUCUUCAUCUACUGGACCAUCCUGGGUGUUUAUGACGCCAUCGUGAUGUUCUUCGGUGCUUACUUCCUGUUUGACAACACCACCUUCACCAGCAACGGACAGAUGUUUGGAAACUGGACGUUCGGGACGCUGGUGUUCACCGUGUUGGUUUUCACCGUCACGUUCAAGCUCGCUCUGGAUACGCACUACUGGACCUGGAUCAACCACUUCGUCAUCUGGGGCUCGCUCAUCUUCUUUGUGGUGUUCUCUCUGCUGUGGGGAGGAAUCAUCUGGCCCUUCCUGAACUACCAGAGGAUGUACUACGUGUUCAUGCAGAUGUUGUCGAGCGGUCCGGCGUGGCUCAGCAUCAUCCUCCUCAUCACUGCCAGUCUGCUGCCGGAUGUGGUGAAAAAGGUGAUCUGGAGGGCGCUGUGGCCCACCACUACUGAACGCAUACAGAAUGCUGAUAAACUCUACAAAGGCCAGCUGUCCGAGUUCUCCCCCCUGGCGGCUCUCCAUGCUCCACACAAGGCGGCCGGCCCGCGGCGAGGCUCAGGCGCUCAGAGGAACAUCCAGAACCCCCGCAGGUCUGAACCCUUAUCCAAGAAAAUCAUGUUCACGCACUGGCGGGAAACGCCAAACUACAGCACCUUCAGCCCCCUCCUCCGAUUCGCUGACGGCUCAAAGCAGGGACACGCCUACAGCGGGGCGGGGCCUGACACCUCUGUUUAAUUUAUUCCUCUUUAACUCUGUCAGGAGCAGAGUUUGGAGUCCUGGUCCUGAAGCUGCUCACAAACAUUUAUUUAUGUUACCGUGCAAUGAAAGUGACCUUCAGACUGUCAGCAGCUAAAUGUGGGGCAAAGCAUUAUGGGACUCGCUCGCCGCUGCAAAGGGCUCAGUGUUAUGAUGUCACUACGAUACUAGAAUUGUAAAGAAAACAUGCACUGGCCCUUUAAAUCUGCCUGUUUGACAGCAGGCUGCAGAAGUGUUCUUUAUGAUGACUGACGAUUAUGACGAAGCCACUACAGCUUUCUCUCCGAUCAAACACCUUUCUUCAUUCCAUUAUCCCUCUCUCCUCCUCGUCCUCUAACGCUCUGUCUCUCUGUUUCUCUUCAGGAAUAACGUGUGUUGCAUGUGUGCAAACUUACUGUCCCGAAACACUCCGUAAGGUCUGCGUCACGCUCAACGACACUGUAAGGAGGAGAGUAGUAACAAAGGAGAGUCAAAAAGUUGGAGAUACUGAGCUGAUGUUCUCACUUUACUGAAUUUAACGAGUUAUUAUAUAAUCUAGGGUCUUAUUUUGACGUAUUUUGGGGUGUAAAUUCGGUCACAACAUCAUCACUUUAAAGACACCAGACUCCCCUGAAAAAAACAGUAUUAUUCUCUGGCAGAACAUGGGAGUUUUUCGUCUACCUGUGCCUUUAAGAGCUAGUUUUUUGUGCAACUGAGAGUCACUAAAAGUAACAAACACACAUUACAUCAUCCCUUUAAAGCCACCAGAUUCUUUUGACAACAAAAGCAAUCUCCCCUCGCAGAACAUGGGAGUUGUUUGUCUACCUGUACCCUUAAAAGCAAUUUUUUCCUGUUAUUAAGAGUCACUAAAAGCCACAAACACAUUACAUCGUCCCUUUAAAGCCACCAGACUCUGUUGACAAGAGCAGUAAGUUAUCUUGCAAAACACGGGAGUUGCCUCUCACCUAUAGGAGCCCAAUACCUUCAUCACGCUUUCUUUUCAACAUGACUUAACUCCAUUGACAAUGAACAGUAGUUUAUAUUGCAAAACAUGGGACUUGCUUGUCUACCUGUGCCUCCUUGAGAUGGUUAGUUUUGUGUUUUUGUCGCGUAAAUAUUUAGCCGGAUCCAAACUAGUUCUUAGGAAUAAAAAGCCACACAGAAACUUUUAGAAACUUUUACUGACUUUACCUUUUAACUUUUGGAGUUGCUUGUCUACCUCUGCCUUUUUGCCUUUACUGGACAGCUUUAGAGAGAGAUUAUAAUGUGGGGAAAGAGAGGUGCAACAAACAGAGAUGUCAGACAUUGAGUAUGGAUGGGAGAGACUCACUCACAAGACUUUAGAACAACAACUCCCAUGCUCUGCAACAUAAAGUGGUGUGUGGUGGCUGAGAGGAGGGUGAUGUAACAGCUGAAAUCAUUUGCACCUCAGAAUACGUCAAAGAUAAGACCCCUCUGUAAAGUUUGAGGCUUGCAGCAGCUCGAUCUCCAACACUUUGAGCUUCAGUGGUUCAGAUGUAGUGUGAGUGUUUGAUGAGAUAGAUGUGAGUGUGCUGAUAUCUAGUGUCCCUGUCUUGGAAGCACUUUAACCGUAGACCUCCUUUUUUAUUUCAAGACUCCUUUUAAGUGUUUUUAUGUCUUCAUGCUUCUUAGCUCUCCUGUCAGCCUUAACGUGCAGAGCAUGUUCUCCUGCAGAACAAUCUCUACCAAAGACACAGAACAGAAUGUAGACAUCUUUGCAGAACAAAGAGGACAAUGUCUUGAAUCAUGGUUUCGUCCUUUUAAAACUCAACACAUGAUUGUCCUUUGUCUGCCUUAUUCUCUGUCCUCUUUGCUUCUCUUUCUAGCUUCCUCUCUUUUCUGUCUCUCCUCUGUGAGAGCGCUUCCUCCACACGUCUCAUCAUCAUCACCAUCACCAUCCUCCUCUCCACGUCUCCAUCCACGGUCCUCGAGGCAGAGUAGAGAUCUUGUUUUGACUCUGAACCAAAGCCUUCUUGCUGCUAGAGAUAGUUAGCUGCUUCCUUUAGGUGCCUUGUGCUAGUUUUCCUCUGCUUCUUUUUAAUCGUGAAUGUGAAUGUACAACUCGAUGGAGGCUGACGGAGCGAGUGAAUAGGUAAAUGUGGGAUUAGUUCAGGAUCAGAAACAACACGAUGAACAAAGUCAUGUUGAAUAUUUGUUUUUUAUUGUUUUGUUCCAAAAGUUUUAUACGAUCCUCAAGGGCGCCCGUCUCUGAGAUGUUGUUUUUACUGUUUUCUAUCAUGUGUUGUGAAGAAAUCCCCUUUAAGCACAUUUAGAGCGAGCAAACGACUCUCUGGAUUCCGCUUCAGUAUUUAUUUGAAACCACCCGAGAGCACAGACGAUCCAAAACUGUUGGAUGCAAAGAGAGGAAAUCCACUUGAAGAAGAAGCCGCCUCUGCAGGUUUGCAGCCGUGCAUGCUUUCUUCAAACAAAGAAGUCACUCUGGAACUUUUGGCAAACGCUUCCCCAAAGUUUGAGCAGCAGCUUCUCCGUCCUCUCAGAGAUCAGAGUCUUAAACCUGACGUACGAGAUAAGAUCUGCUUCCUGUUGAAAUCUGGACGAUCUGACUCUGCUUCUGCACGACCUAGCAGUGAGAUUCUGCAGGAUGUCACGUGAUUUAUCGGCCACGCUGCCCCCCUGCUGGUCACUGACUGAAGUCCGGCUCUUUAAGGGAUCUGGAGCGUUUCUGUUACCGCCAUAAACCCUCUGAGAAGUAGACGUUUUAACUCCCAGGAGAUGUAACGUGUGUCUUAUUUAUGUAGGAACUGAGUCUCAACACUGGAGGUGUGUGUGUGAGAGAGUGUGUGUGUGUGUGUGUGUGUGUGUGUGUGUGUGUGUGUGUGUGUGUGGGUGUGUGUGGGUGUGUGUGUGGGUGUGUGUGGGUGUGUGAGGGUGUGUGUGUGUGUGACCCGUCUCCUUUGCUAUAGAAUGAAAGACGAUGACUUUGCCUUCACACAGAAUGUAUCGUCACCGCUCAGUAAGUCCCGCACCCGUCAGUAUCUAUCCGUCUGUACGCUCAGAUACAGUAUAUAUAUAUACAUAUAUAAAUAUUUAUAAAUAUAGAAUGUAGUUAUGUUCAUUCAUGUACAGUUUGGAGCUCUUUUUAUAAACAGUUUUUAACAGAGUGAAAUGUCCGAUCCGACCUCUCUGUAUCAUCGACAGCAGACUUCUGUACACCGCUUGGAAAUAAAGCCAAAGGUGGAAAUGUGAAA